AUGUCAUUUUCAUCUUGUUUCUGUCAAUCGAAACCUCAACGUUUGUUCGUAAAUAAAUCUAUUCUUUUUCAUUCAAUUGCAUCAAACCAAAAUUGUUGUGGAUCGAAAGAGCAAAAAGCUGCGCGCCAGCCAGUGAAAAUCAAGCGGCAUACUACAGCAAAAGAUAAUAUCAUUCUAAGACCUAGCGAACUUAUCAUUGACAUACCUAAACAAACAAACAUUCCGAAAGAGAAAUCUAGUGAACGACUUCCUUUAUCUUUCGAGUUGGUCAACAAUGCAUGGCCGAUAUCGAAUCAACGCAUCGAAAACCAGCUGAUUAGCAAUAAACGAUGUCAAUUUUCGAAUGAAGCAAUAUCAAUCAAACCUAUAACUGCAGUACCUGGUAUCGGUCAAAAGUAUGGUCAAUUAUUAGCCGAUCAUGGAUUUAUCUAUGCUCGUCAAUUACUUGGAUAUUAUCUAAUAUUAAAAGACAGUGAAAUGUUCCGAAAGUGGCUGGAAUAUCGAUUUCAUAUUCCGAGAUUUCGAGCAGCUGAAAGUAAGAGAAAAUUAAUGUCUGCACCUGACAGGAUGUCACUGUCUGUUGCUGAAUAA